AUGGCUCAAACCUCUGAAUUGAAGAUCGCCAUUAUCGGUGCCGGCCCAGCCGGGCUUACACUAGCCUCGCUGCUCACAGCAAGCCCGCAUCCUUUCAACUUCACCGUCUUUGAACUGCGACAGAGACCGCACCCAUCCGAGGUCAAUUUACCCUGUGGAAAUCUGGAUUUGCAGGAAGGAUUGGGUCUCCAAGCCCUCCAAGCAUGCGGCCUUUAUCCUCAGUUUCUAGAGAUUGAGAGCGACUGUACCCAGCAAAGCAAGGUGCUCAACAAGAAUGGCACGGUCCUCUUCGAUCAUGUCACCCAAAAGCAGCCCGAAAUCUCCCGCAACGCGCUCACACAGCUGCUACUAUCAUCGGUACCCGUCGAUCGAAUCAGAUGGAACACUAAGGUCCUUGCUGUCAUACCAGCAGAUCACAGCAGUGGGCAAGGCACGGUCGUAUCUCAGGAGACCAUCGCCUUGAAUUCGACGUCGGAGACGUUUGAUCUGAUCGUGGGUGCGGACGGUGCGUGGUCGCGUGCCCGUGCAGCGAUCCCAUCGACGCCACAACCUAUAUACAGCGGUGUCUGCUACAUAACGCUGUUUCUCCCGCGGCUGACGGAAAAGUACCCUGAACUCGAUCAGCUGAUUGGCGGGGGCACGUUUGCCGUCUGUGAAGACGAAAAGUUGCUUCUCGCCCAGCGCACGGUUGGUGGCACUGCACGGGUUUGUUUUUUUCUCCAUUCGAAAUGCCAGCCGGCCGUGAAGCGCGCAUUGCAGUCUUCGGGGCAUGAUGACCGCAUCGGCCCUAGCCCUAUCCUCGAUGCGAACAGCCUCCCUUUGACUCUCCCGACCCGUCCAGAAGAACUGCAAAAGUUCUUGUUGACAAAUUAUGACUUCUUUGCAUCAUGGUCGGACGAAAUUAAGCACCUCUUGACGGUCACCUUGAAUGAACAGCCGGCAGACGCUGAAAUCGUCGCUUAUCCAAUGCAUAUGCUGCCCUUGACGCCAUAUCCGCAUACACAUAUGAGGGGAAUCGUCUUGGUGGGGGAUGCGGCGCAUUUGAUGACACCAUUUGCCGGAAAGGGCGUCAACAUCGCUAUGGCGGAUAGUCUCAGUCUUGCGGAGCAGUUGGAAUAUCUGGCAGUGGGGCGCUCAUCGACAAUGUCAUUAUAUGAUGCCCUGGAUGAAGCGAUAGUGGGUUAUGAGGAAGUGGCCCAUCCUCGGGCGGAGAAAGCGAUGAACCUGACAUGGCACAAUCUGCUCCUUUCAUAUGGCGGCAAUGGGCCGGAGCAAAUUGGCAAUGUCUUGGAGAGUUAG